AUGUCACAAUCCCUGGAGUUUGACCUUUCACCUCCAGCCAACCAGAAGUCAGGGGAUUCUGGAAUCUCCUUUGCAGUAACAGACACCUGAAUCCCAGAGACACUGGGAGUCUCUAGGGGCUCCUGCCUUAUUCUCCUAGAUGCACUAAGAACAACCUGUGGGUGAUCGUACAGUCCGUUUAGACCUCCAAGGGGACACUGCCCCGUCUCAGGUAAUUCAAGUUUACAGCCUUUGCUGAUCAACCUAAAGAAAGCCUCCUGGACUUUAGAAAUGAAUGUCCUAAAUUUGGGACAACCACCACCACCGAACACCACAAGCACCCCCAAGUUUACAGCCUUGCCAACACCCAGCAGCUGGCUGUUCCAUGAUUCCACCAGGGCUGUGCAUAGACGUGAUUCCACUGGAUUAUGGAAACCCUAUGAAAAUCCAGUGUUUUCUGAGAAUCUGUGCUUUUCGUUUUAGUUUUAAGGUUCCAGAUCUCAAGGAGAUGCACAAUCAUAGACUUGCAGAAUUGGAAGGAGAGACCACAAGGGUCAUCUAGUCCAACAACCCUCAAUGCAGGAAUAUUUUGCUCAACGUGGGACUCGAACCCACAACACUGAGAGCUCUUUGACAGUGGGGCGGGCGACCUCAGAAGGUGGUGGAACCUCUUUCACUGGAAGCUUUUAAGCAGAUGUUGUAUGGCCAUCUCUCGGGGAUUCUUUUGCCGUGAUUGGGGGUUGGACUACAUGCCUCUGGAGUCCCUUCCAACUCUACAGUUAUUUGAUCCGAUGUCUGACUAAUUAAGCACCAUGGUUAGCUGAACUAGAGAAGUUGUUCCGUGGCCAUAGAACAAAUGGGUUGGCCUUCUUUCCCUCAUCUCCAGCACCUAGUUGCUUGGUGGAAGUGUGAGAGAGUGGAAUUGGAAGCAGGCUGGAAGCUGGAGACAAAGACCUGCUCGCUCUGUGCUGGAUCCAAACUUGUAAUGAACAUAGACACAAGAUCUGUUGGGGUAUUAAUGUUGUGAGCCACCUGCCCCACCCCACCCCCCACAACAUCUUAUGCUCAGGUUGUAUAUAAGUGAAAUUAGAAACAUAUUUCCUAAAGAUACCUCGGUCUCUGCUGACCUUCAUUCUAAGCAAACGUAACUCUGAGCAUGAGCUGGAAUCUCUCACUGCUUGGAGAUCUCACUGCUUGGAGAUAUCUCAUAACAGCCAAGUGUUGUUUCAUAGGGGAAGCACCAAAACCAAGGAAAACAGGUGACCCAGCCAGUCAGUGGAUGGAGAAUGAACAGAAGAAGAGGCUUUUGGGGAGAGGGGGUCAUGCUAUACCCUGUGAACGAAGAGACCAUUCUCCCUGGGGACUGGAACAGAAACCACACUUGGUUUAUGGAUGGGGAUGGGGAGUCACAGAGAAAAGGCUGCAGCUCAGUGGGGAAGCAUCUUCAUUACAUGCAGGGGGGUCCCAGGUUCAAUCCUCAGCAUCUUCUGUCUAAAACCGUGGGGAGCUCCUGCUGGUCAGAGUAGACAAUACUGAACUAGGUGGAUCAGUGGCUUGGCUCCGUAUAAGGCAGCUUCCAAAGGAAGGGCCAUAGCUUAGUGGUGGAGCAACUGCUUUGCAUGUAGAAGCUCCCAUCCCCGGCAUCUCCAGGUAGAACUGAGACUCCCUGCCUGAAGCCUCUGCCAGUCAGUGUAGACAGCACUGAGCCGGAUGGACCAACUCAGGAAAAGCCAUCUGCCUGUGUUUCUGUGUUCGUGAAUUCUCUCUCUUGCUCCCUUUCAUAGUUCACUCUCCCUGCAGAAGCUGCAGCCCUUCAUUCUGCUGAUCCUACAAAAUGCCCCUUCUUAGGAGACUGGAACGUCCCCCUCCCCCGAAUCCUGGGAAUUGUAGUUGACCCCCUCAUAGAGCUACCAUCGCCAGCAGCCUUUACAAACUACAGUGGUACCUUGGGUUACAGACGCUUCAGGUUACAGACUCCGCUAACCCAGAAAUAGUACCUCGGAUUAAGAACUUUGCUUCAGGAUGAGAACAGAAAUCGUGCUCCAGCGGCACGGCAGCAGCAGGAGGCCCCAUUAGCUAAAGAGUGGUGCUUCAGGUUAAGAACAGUUUCAAGUUAAGAACGGACCUCCGGAACGAAUUAAGUACUUAACCUGAAGUACCACUGUUCAGUGCCCAGGAUUCUUUGGGUGUGAGGGAAUUUGCUUGCAACGCCUGGUGUGUACACAGCUAUCUGCUGGGGUCAAUGUGUUUCCCUGCGCCUCACUCCUAACGCUGCCUCAUCGUCAUUCCAGACCCAGCCUGCCAACCUGGUUUGAGCCGGUUCUGGACCGUUUGAGUGAAGGGGCCCUUUGUCUGAAGAAGCCACCCCAGACUGUCCCCCCAGCCCCUCCUUCCUCCACCAGCUAGCCUUGUCUGUCUCUCAUUUGCUCCUCUUCUUUUGGUAUUGGAGUGACUGAAAUAGGCUUUCCCCCUUUUGUAACGAAUCACACACACCCCUUCCCCGUUUCCCCUCUGGCUGACAUCCUUUUAAGCAUUGAUUCUGCUCCUUUCCCUUAGGUCGGAUCUCUGGUUGGAGGAGAGGAAGGGAGAUGACCUCAGAGGCGAGGGCAGUGGUUAUGGGGAGUGCACCACGCCUCCCAUAAGUGGCCAGCACCAAGCCAAGACCACCGGCUUAUAAAGUGGGGCCAAGAGAAACCAACAUUCCCCCAAUGAGACCAGAGUCGUGAAGAUAAGCACAGCACCCAGGCAGCCCACCCCCAGGAGAAGGAGGAGAGCCCCCCUCUGAGUCCACCAGCGGCUUCCUCCAAAACACCAUCGCAAGCACCCAGCUCUGCCGUCCGACCACUUUGCAAGCCAAGCUCCAAAGCCUCUUCUAAGACCCUCGACAAGUAAGUGCGUCUCAUUGUCUGGCUGGAGGUCUACUAGACAAUGUGCAUCAUUCAGAUAAGCAAGGUAUAGGCCAUUUGCACUGCAAAUUUGGAUCCUUGGGAGAGUUGGAUAAUUGAGGUUCAGGUAAAGACGGAAAAUUUGCUUGCAGGGAGAGUCUGUUUGUUUAUACACUGCCCUAUACUCAGAGAUCUUAGCAGUGCUGUAGACAGGAAUGUUAAAGCACUGCCUUGGGUUGAUUUGGAGCACAAUGGGGCGCUAGGGAAAGAUGGUUAUCCAGUGGAGAGUCAGUGUGGCAUAGUGGUUCGAGUGUCUGACUAGGAUCUUGGAGACCAGGGUUCAAAUCCCGACUUGGCCAUGAAGCUCACUGGGUGAUCUGGGGCCAGUCCCUGCCUUUCAGCCAAAUCUACCUCACAGGGUUGUUGUGGGGAAGGGAUGAGGAAAGGGAGCACCAUGUACACUGCAUCCCUUGAGUUCCUUGGAGAAAAAAAAUGGGGUAUAAAUGCAAUAAAUUAAAAAAGGUUCCAUGUAGGGAUGGGAGGGGACAAAUUCAAUUCAUCCAAAGGCAAACGUAUCUAAUUCAUUCUUUUUGAAACAAUAUGCCAGCCGAAAGGCAGCCAUCCGUGGAAAUUCGUCACUUCUCUGAAUAUUGUGAUGCGUCUCCAAAUGCACAUGCUAAAGUGUGACUAUUAUUAAUGCACGUAGUAGAGGAACAAUAUACAAAAUGCAUUAGAUUAGGGGAGAUUUCUCUGCUGAAAAGGAUAUAUGCACAUGAAGUAAAAUGGUACACAAAAAUUUAGAUGAGGAGAAAAUUAGCACUAAAAUGCUGAUGAAUUUAAAAAGGACUUUAAAAAAAAAUGCAAAGUGUGGAGAGCUGAACUUAUUACUGGAAAAAUGAGAAACCAGGAGGAACAGAUUUGCCCGUCCCUAGUUCCAGGUUCAGUCUCUUAUCAUCUCUGGUUAAAAGGGUCAAGUGAUGGGAAAGACCACCUGAUGCUGCCAGUCAGAGUGCACAAUACUGAGUCAAGAGGAGCAAAUCCUCUGACCUGAUAUAAGGCAACACCCUCUGCCCAGGGCUGUCUUCUCAAGCUUAGAAUAACUUCCCAGGAUUUCAACCAGACGUGUUUCUCAGCCUGGCUAUGUAGGUCCGUUUCUGAACUACAGGAGGCAGCUGGGAACUCCCAACAAUGACUUCAAGCUAUGAGAACGGAAGUACCCCUGGGCCGUGUGCUGAAGUUGCCUUGAAUUCUUCUCCGUCAUGGUCGGGAUCCUGUGGCCAAAUUGCAACCCGGAAAACCGACACGCACAGAGCAUCCGGAGAGCUGCAUGUGUCUGUAGCCUUUCAAAUGUGAAAGACAAACAAAAUCCACUGUCUGGCAGGGAAGGAAGGAAGGGGCUGAUCACAGCUCCCCACUCUCCCCAAGCCUGAACAGCUGUGAAGGGUAGAAUGUCAGCUUUCUUUAAAGAGGUAUGCAUGUGUGCAAACCCAGCUGUUAAGACAGGAAGCUUCAGGCACAUCACCCAUUAAUAUAGUAUAUGGGUAGGAGGUGAUAUGUAUCCCCACUACCACCACCCUAAAUGAGCUUGGCAGGGACCCCAGAAGGAGAGAUGGGCACUGCCAAGGUGAAAGUAAGCAGAACGGGUAGGGAGAAGGGUGCGAAAAAGCAAUUCACUAGCAGCAGGCUGAGAGUUCAGCUGUCUGUCUGCAGGGUUGUACACACUUUCUUUAAAUUAAAAGUAAAACCCUAUGAAAAUUUUGGAUGGAUUCUGAGACGUAUCUAAAUUAUGCAAAUUGAUGAUAUGCACAAUGUCCCUUUUGCCAUAAUCUUCCUCAUUCCUGCCCUUAAAAAAAAAAUUUAUUAAAUAUUUUUCAUAAGGUGAUAAAAUAAAGCAGCAGGAUUACUGUACUCAGAUGUUCAAACAUAUGUAUUUAGCCACAAGGCCCAGGAAUCUGCUUGUUCUCUUUUUUAAAAAAAACAAUGAAGCUUCAGUUUCUAAAUUCGCAGCACUAAGAGCCAAUCACAAAGAGGGGGCAAGGAGUUAAGCAGUGAAGCUUCAUUGCAGUCGCAGGACAGCUUACACCAUGGGUAGGCAAACUAAGGCCUGUGGGCUGGAUCAGGCCCAAUUGCCUUCUGGAUCUGGCCCACGGAGGGUCCAGGAAUUGCCACGUGGAUCGUCAGUGUGUGUGUGUUCUUGCCCUCUCCCUCACACGGCGGUGCCGGCGGCGCCUCCUCCCUCCCUCCUCCUGGCUUCUCCCCGCCCUGCCUAGAGGAGGAAGGGAGCUGAGCUUUGUUGGUAUCAGCAGCAACAGUGCUCGAGGGCCACCAUUUUAAGAGCCCCUUCGUGUGCCGCUCAUUGUCCCGCCGCCGCCGCCAGCCCCUGCUGCUUGCAAGACACAGGUAAGCAGCCACCAGGGCUCAUGGUGCUCUUGUAUCAUUUUUUCCCCCUCCAAAAUAUAGUCCGGCCCCCCGCAAGGUCUGAGGGACAGUGGACUGGCUCCCUGCUGAAAAGGUUUGCCGACCCCUGGAGCCUUACCCCAUCAGCAAGCUUGACUUGCCUGCACUUUCGAGAAAAAAUUCUAGCAUAAGGACUAGAAACUUGAUUGAUUUAAAUAGAAUGAGACUUGAGAUUCUAAGAUCACAGCACUCACAACCUUGGCCAUUUGUGACUGUAUCAAUGGACUUCAACUACAUAGCCAUGAAGAAAGUGUCAAAAUGAAGUCUGGAGGAAGUAAAACAGUAUUUUUUCCCUUAUUCUUCCACUGUGCUUAUUCUGUACCUAAUCCCCAUUCUACCCUCAGCUUUCCACAAUGGCCUCCUCCAAGCCCUUCCAUGUGGUCACUCCGCUGCGGGUCAGCCCCCACCUCUCCAAAUUGGCUGGUACCAAGGUCUACCUGAAGCUCGAAAACUCCCAACCCACCGGCUCCUUUAAGAUACGAGGCAUAGGGAACUUCUGCAAAGCGGUAAGGAAAGGAGAAGGCUAUAUGGGGAAGGCUCGUAGCUCAGUGGCAGAGCAGCUGCCUUGAGUGCAGAAGGUCCCAGGUUCAAUCCCCAGCCUAUCUAGGUGGGGCUGGUGGCGACCUUCCUAAAACCCUAGAGAGCUGCUGCCAGUCAGUGCAGAGAAAACACUGUAGACAGUGUAGACAACAAGCCAGUUGUCUGACUUACUAGAUGGUCCAUUCCCACAUAAGAUGAAAAAGUAUGGCAAAAGUUAUCACUGAUUUUCUCUGUUGCCCUAGGAUUGGCUGUAGCUCAGGUUAAGGCAGCUUUCUGUGUUCCUAUGAUGGGAAGCCUUCUGGUGGGAAGUGAUAUUGCACAUAACAGAUAUUGUUUAAUCAGCUUAGGGAACUCACCGCCACAAGCUUGAAGCCUCCUCCUCAGUCUGGCUGGUGCUGUCUUUUUAUUUAUUUAUUUAAUUUAUUUCUAAUUUUUCAUUUAGAGCAAAUAAACAUUUCGGCAAUAAUUUAACAUUUCAAACCCAAACUUCCCUCCCCCUCUUCCUGCAGUUCCGUAAAUUUAUUUUCAUCUUUACCUGCACAUCCCAAUUAUCUUAAGUUAUUCUUUUCUUCAUCUAUUUUCAUAUAUGCUUUAGAAACCGCGAGGGGUUUUUUACGGUAAUCCUUCUAAUGUCUUAAUCUGUUUACAAUUUGUUUGUAAAAAAUUCGAUAAACCAUUUCUAUUCCUUAAUAAAAAGUUUGUGGUCUUGAUUUCUUAUUCUUCUUGUAAGUUUUGCCAUUUCUGCAUAGUCCAUUCAUUUCUAUAUCCAUUCUUCUCUCGCCGGGACUUCUUCUUUCCAUUUUUGGGCAAAUACUGUUCUUGCAGCUGUUGUUGCAUACAUAAAUAAUUUUCUAUAUUAUUUAGGUAACUCUGAUCCCAUAAUCCCUAAAAGGAAAGAUUCUGGGUUGUUGUUUUUUACAAAUGUUACCUUAAACAUCUUUUUCAUUUCAUUAUAUAUCAUUUCCCAGUAAGUUUUAACCUUACUGCGUGACCACCACAUAUGAGAAAAGGUACCUUCUUUCACCUUACAUUUCUAACACUUAUUCAAUUUUGAUUUAUACAUUUUUGCCAAUGUGCUAGGUGUUAAGUACCAUCUGUAUAACAUUUUCAUAUAAUUUUCUCUUAAAGCAUAACAUGCUGUAAAUUUUAUAUCUGUAAAUUUUAUAUCUAUAUUCCACAAUCGUUCCCAUGCCUCCAUUUCUAUGUUAUGACCAAUAUCUACUGCCCAAUGUAUCAUUUAAGAUUUCACUUGUUCAUCUUUUGUCUCCCAUUCCAAUAACAUCUUAUGCAUUUGAGACAUCGCUUUAACAUUACAGUCUCUUUCUCUAACUGAGAUACUUGUCCCCCAAAUGCUCAUUUCAUAUUUUUUUGAAGACUUCAUUCAAAUGAUGAUAUUGUAUCCAUGUUGUUACCAUUCCUUACUUUCUUUUAAUUUGAAUUCUCCACCUUCCUCUCUUAACGAAUUUCUAUAAAUUACCCAAUUUUCCACCAUCUCCUUCUUCUUCACCGCUACGGCUUCCAGUGGCGAAAGCCAAAGUGGUGUUUUUGGCUCAAAUACAUUUUUAUAUUUGUCCCAUACUCUACACAAAUUUUUCCUAAUUAUAUGGUUUGUAAAUCCUUUAUAUACUUUCACCUUUUCAUACCGCAAAUACAUGUGCCAGCCAAAAUAUAUUACCAUGACCUUCCAAGUUUAAAAUAUGUGGAUUCUUCAGUGACAACCAUUCCUUCAAUCAGCACAGACAGGAAGCUUCAUAAUAUGAUCUCAUACCUGGCAGGGAAAAACCUCUCUCUUUCACAUCUAUCAAUAUUUUAUAUUUUAUUCUUGGUUUUUUCCCCUGGCAAGAUAUAUUUAGAAACAUAUUUUUGCCAUUUAUUGAAACAACCUGUCUUGCUGAUCACCAGUAUUUAUUGAAACAAAAAAACCAUCCUUGGUAAUACAUUCAUUUUUAUGGUUGACACUGCCCAACAAUGAAAGUUUUGUUCUACCUGAUAUUUGAAAAUUUCUUUUCAUAUCCUCCCAGGUGUUUUAAAAUAAUUAUCUUUGUACAAAUUUAUAUUUUUUGCUGUUAACCAUACAGCUAGAUAUCUAACUCCCCUCCCCCCAAAUCCUUUGGCCAGAUGUAUCGUGUAAUGUGUUCUUCCUCUCAUUAUUCAUAUUUUUUACCAGGAGUUCAAUUUUAUCUUUGUUAAUUUUAAGACCUGCUACUUCUCUAUAUUUUUUAAUCUCUUCUAGUGCUUUUGGAAUUGUCUCUAUUGGUUCUCCUACAGAUAUCACCGCAUCCUCUGCAAAUGUUUUUAAUUUAUAUUGUCUUUGUCCUACCCUUAUUCCUUUAAUUUCUUGGUUACCUCUUAUUCUUGGCACCAAAACUUCUAAAACUAAUAUAAAUGAUAAAGGUGGCAGUGGGCAGCCUUGUCUAGUUCCUUUGUUUAUUUUGCAGUUCCCCAUUAACACAUUAUUUACUAUCAAUUUUGCUGACUACUCUAUAUAUAUUGCCUUACCUCCUUUUAUAAAAAUGUCUCCAUAGCUCAUAUAUUCCAACAUAAAGUCCCAGGAGACAUUAUCAAAUGCUUUCUCUGCAUCUAAAAACAUUAAGGCUGCUUGCUUUUCAUUUCAUUUCUAAACAUUCAAAACAUCAAUUAUAUUCAAGCAGCUGCCAUCUUUGUUUGGGGGAAAGGCUCCUUCUGGGAAGAAUCAAAUUGGGCACUAAACAUGCAUGAUUCACCCUCCAUCAACUGCCUGACUUAAAUGGGGGUUUUAAAAGCUGAGAUCUUCAUGAAGAACUAACAGAUUUAUAGCAUGCUUGGGGGGAUCUUAGGGACCUUGUCAGUGCUGGAAGCAGGAUGUUGGACUAGAUGGGCCUUUGCUCUGAUCUAGCAGAGUCCUUUGGGCAUUCUGUAAAGGUUGAUUAUGAGGUCAGGAGGGCAGAAUCUGGUCCAGACCUGCCUGGAAAGAACCGUGGGUGGUGGGGUUGUUUUUGCUGUGGGGUUAAGAUGGCUUCUGUUCCCACAUUCCUCUUCUUUUGCUUUCACAGAUGGCCGAAAAAGGCAGCAAGGAGUUUGUCUCCGCCUCAGGUAAUGUAGUUUUCUGUGGACAAUGUCAGGGUUCUGCAAGCUAGCGCCAAGUUGGAGAAUGGCUAGACGAGACGAGGGAUGGAGGAGAACUGCAAUUGUGUUUGCAUAUAAAGGGGAAUCUCCAGCAUUCACUUUCACUUUCCAAAAUAAUACGAGAACAAAACCAGAGCCACCCUCUGGAAUUUGCACUUUUCUGAAUUUUGCUACGCAGUUCUUAAGGAAUGGGCAUAAAAAUGCAUGUCUGUGUGCGAGAGAGUGAAAAUAAUAUAUACAAAAAUGCAUUAGGUGAAAGUGCUUUGCAAAAAAAAAUAUGAAGCCACAAUGGCUGUACUCUAGCUCCACAGUUAGAGGCAGUAAUGUGCCUGAAUUCCAGUUACUGGAAACCUCAGGUGGGAAGAGGGCUCAAUUGCCUGUGCCCUGCUUGUGGGUUUCCCUUUGAGGCAUCUGAUUGGCCACUGUGAGAACAGGAUGCUGGGCUGGAAGGGCUACUAGCCCGAUUCAGCAGGCUCGUCUCAUGUUCUUAUGUGUACAUUAAGGGGAAAAAUCACACUAAAAGGCUGGUGAAUUUUUGCAAGGAUUUGAAAAAAUGUUUCCACAAGCCAACAUGGAAAUGCAAAGAACUGAACCCAAGUUUGGAAAAAUGAGAGAAACCAAAAGGGACCAAUUCGCCCAACCCUACUGUGCCUAUACAGAUUCCAACAACAGCCUUGGGGACCAAACUACUGGCAGUCUAAAUGCAAAAGUGGUGCAGGGAAUUAUUGGGUUCUUAUUUUUAUUAUGUAUUUUGUGUUUUUAGAUUGUGAUUUUAUAUUGUGAACUGCCCUGAGACCUGUGGGUAUAGGGCGGUAAGGGACCCCUGACCAUUAGGUCCAGUCGUGACUGACUCUGGGGUUGCGGCGCUCAUCUCGCUUUAUUGGCCAAGGAAGCUGGCGUACAGCUUCCAGGUCAUGUGGCCAGCAUGACUAAGCCGCUUCUGGCGAACCAGAGCAGCGCACGGAAACACCGUUUACCUUCCCGCCAGAGCGGUACCUAUUUAUCUACUUGAACUUUGACAUGCUUUUGAACUGCUAGGUUGGCAGGAGCAGGGACCGAGCAACGGGAGCUUGCCCUGUUGCGGGGAUUCAAACCACCGACCUUCUGAUCAGCAAGUCCUAGGCUCUGUGGUUUAACCCACAGCGCCACCCGCGUCCCUGGUAUAGGGCAGUAUACAAAUUUAAUUAACAAAAACAACAAUAUGGUGGCUUAGAGGCUGAGAUGCAAAUGAGAAAGUCCCCAGUUCGGAUUUCACGUCUCCCACAAACUAGAUGACCUUAGGCAGAACGUCCUAGAUUAUAUCCAGAAGUAGUCAUACUCCAAGGAAACCCAUUGAACUUAAUGCAAAUGGCCGACUUCAUAUUAUUAUAAAUGCAGUUGCUCCCUGUCUCUUUAUAUUUAUGGUUUUUUUGCUCAAACACACAUAAGUUGUUGUACGCCUAGGGUGGCUGAGGAAUGGGGACAACCCUCAUGAGGUCUAGCAUCAUGUGGUGUCAAAUGGGCUUUCUUCCAGCGGGGAAUGCCGGCCUUGCAACUGCCUACUGCGCCAAACUGUUGGAGAUCCCGGCUACCAUCUACGUGCCCCAAUCCACGCCAGCUUUCACUGUGGAGCGCAUGAAAGACGAGGGAGCCACGGUGUGCUUUGGGCAGGUAGGUCUGGGAGGUUAUCACAGCAGAAAAAAUGUUGGAAGCCUUAAGAAAACCCAACACCAAAUCUUUCUUUGAAUCCUAGUCCAAUAACAUGACUUCCUUUCCUCUAGACGCUGGACGAAUGCAAGAACACAGCCCAGGAGAUGGUAAAGAGAAACUCUGAUUGGACCUUUGUGCCUCCCUUUGGUGACCCUCUCAUCAGGUAUGUGAUGUAUGAGUGAGAGCUAGUGGACAUCCGUUUUGGAAGAUUCGGGACAGAUAAAAAAAAGACUUGUUCACACUGCGCUUAAAUUAUGGAACUCCCUCAGGAAGCAGCGAUGGCUACCAGCAUAGAUGUCUUAAAAAGGGGAUUAGACUUACAUAUACAGUGGUACCUCAGUUUUCAAAUGCCUCCAUAGUCAAACGUUUCAGAACUCAAAAGCUGAAAACCCAGAAGCAAAGGCCUUGGUUUUCGAACACGCCUCGGAAGUCAAACAAGAAACACGGCUUCCAUUUUGAGUUUUCCGUAUUGAGGCUUCUGCUUUCAGUUUUUGGUUUUUGAACGUUUCGGAACUUGAACGGACUUCCAGAAUGGAUUACGUUCUAGAACCAAGGUACCACUGAACACUAUAUAGUUUUGUUACCUUAAUUCAAUUUUACUGUCAUUUCGUUGUUAUUGUUUUCCUCUGCUUUCUUUUGUGUUUAUUUUUUUUAAAAAAGACCUAAUUUUCUUCUCUUUUUCAUUCGAAUUCACUUCAGAACUAUCAAUAAAAUAUCAAUAUGAAACAGUAGAAAAUAAAAAAGGGAUCAGGCAAAUCCACAGAGGGGGAGCCUAUCAGUGGCUACUAUGCACUCUUCUUCUACGGUCAGAGGCAUUAAUGCAGGAAACCACAGGAGGGAAGAGCUGCUGUUGAGCUCAUGUCCCGCUUGUGGGUUUUUCACAGGCAUCUGGUUGGCGCUGUGAGAACAAGAUGCUGGACUAAAUGGGCCAUUGCCUUGAUCCAGCAAGCUCUUCUCAUCUUAUAUUCUUUACCCUGACCUUUGACACUUGAUAUGUACUGUAUUGGCCUGAAUAUAAGCUGCACCUUUAAAAUUGGAGGCGGGGGAAGGAAAAAUACCUGAAUAUAAGCCACUCCCUUCCUCCUGCUCCUGGCUGCAUACCGUAAGGUUGCAAAUAUAAACCACACUUUUUGGGGUUGGAAUUUGGGGGGAAAUAGGGCUUAUAUUCAGGCCAAUACGGUAUAUUUUCAGAACUCACCUUAGAUUUUUGUUGUUGUAAUUCAAAGAUUUAAACAUUGUUUUUAAUGUGCUUUAUAUUGUUGUAACCUGCCCAGAGACCUUAGGGUGAAGGGCAGGUAAUAAACUAAAAUAAUAAUAAUCUUUUAAAUAAGAGACACACAUCUUUUGUAAAUAAGAGGAAUAUUAAGAAGGGGAUGAGAGGAGAUAGCACCCUCUCAGCGCCCCCACCCCCCAACUCUCUCUUUCCCACCCCUGACAUUUGGUUUUGAUAUUCUGGGUCCCCUCUGCUUUGCAGUGAAGGGCACAAGACCAUGGUCGCAGAGAUGAAGGAGCAGAUGGAGUCCAAACCUGGAGUGAUAGUUCUCUCUGUCGGAGGGGGCGGCAUGCUCUGUGGGGUGAUCCAGGGCCUCCGCGAGGCGGGCUGGGACGACGUACCCAUCAUCGCCAUGGAGACCUGGGGAGCUCACAGCUUCCAUGCUGCCUUGAAACAGGGGGAGCUGGUGACACUUCCCAAAAUUACCAGGUGAGCACAUGGCACAUUUGGUGGCGCUGUGGGUUAAACCACAGAGCCUAGGGCUUGCCAAUCAGAAGGUUGGCGGUUCGAAUCCCCACAGCUGGGUGAGCUCCCUUUGCUCGGUCCCUGCUCCUGCCAACCUAGCAGUGCAAGUAGAUAAAUAGGUACCACUCUGGCAGGAAGGUAAAUGGCAUUUCCAUGCGCUGCUCUGGUUCGCCAGAAGUGGCUUAGUCAUGCUGGCCACAUGACCUGGAAGCUGUUGGCUGGCUCCCUCGGCCAUUAAAGCGAGAUGAGCAUCACAACCCCAGAGUCGUCUGUGACUGGACCUAAAGGUCAGGGGUCCCUUUACCUUUUAGGAGGGUAAAAGACUACCCCUUACCUCAGGGCAGGAGUCACUACUGGUAGCAUGACAGCUGAUGCGGGCUGGUGCCCAUUGGGUCUGGUAGGGCGGAAGACAGGGAGCCCAACAGUAGGGGGCGCCAGAGCCAAUGACAGGCAGAGCCAACCUUCUCCUAGUUUUGUCCCCAUCCUCCUCCCUGUGGAGUUCUAUAAGCAGCAACGCUGAGACGGAGGAGGAGGCUGAUACUCCCUGGGUUGGUUAAAGCAAGCAAGCAAGGGCUGACUGAGGCCAGAGCAAAUGACCAAUGUAAUACUGGGAGCUAGUGCAGUGGCUAGAGUGUCAGACUUGGACCUGGGGCAGCAGAGUUCAAAUCCCCACUUGACCUUGAAGCACACUGGGUGAGGCCAGUCGCUGGCUGUCAGCCUAACAUGCCUCACAGGAUUGUUUGAGGGAUUCAGUGAUAAUAGGUGAUGAUGAUGAUGAUGAUGACGACAGAUAAAUAAAAAUAAUAUAGCCUCAUUGUCAUUACACAUUGUUCACCUGAGCCAAAUCCAACCAACAAAAUCCAGCCCACUGAUCUUCCUUUUCCUGUUCUGGGUCCAGCAUUGCUACCACGCUUGGGGCAGCUACUGUGGCAGAGGAAGCUUUGAAGCUGGCUCAGGAACACUGCGUCAUAUCACAGGUCGUUACUGACCCGGAGGCAGUGGCAGGCAUUCCAAGGUUUUUGGGUAUGUAUUCGCAGGACAUUCAUCCUGUAUUAAUGCACAGCGAACUUGUUCUCCAAGUCUGGAUAGUCAAUGCAGUUGAGUCUGCGAUCUAUAUGAAUUGUCUGCUGAAUUUGUCUGUUCUGCCUUAUACAACAGUGUUUUUGAUAUGAUGGCAUUUGUUGACAUGUUUGCUAAGGAUUAAUGCUGCUGCAAGAUUAACCCGGGUGUUGGGAGAAGCGGAAUGCAAAUAAUUAAAUUGAAUCAAAUCCAUAUGUAUCCGGAAUUAUCCAUUCACAAGUGGGGAGGCACCAGCAGGUUUAGACGAAUCCCUAGGUUCUCAGAAAUACAACAUUCUUUAAUGUGCGGGGCAGGGGGAGAUUAGGAGUAACUCCAAAAAACUGCCCACUUAGGACUGAACAUGCUCAGUGGGCCUGGAAUGUUGGUGGGGUACCUCACAGAACUACAAUUCCCAGAAUUCCCUUGAAAGGAAGGUUGUUUGUUAAACCACUCUAGGAACUGGGAGGGGAAAAGGGUCUCCUAACAACCUUCAUCACCCUCAACCAACUACAGCUCCCAGGAUUCUUUGGGGGAAUCAGAGAAUUGUAGAGUUGGAAGGGAUCGCGAGGAUCAUCUAGUCCAACCCCAAUCAAUGCAGGAAUCAAGCAUGGGGUUCAAACCCAUGACCCUGAGAUUAAGAGUCUCAUACUCUAUCAAUGGAGCUAUCCCAAGUCAUGACUGUUUAAAGGGAACAUAGAAAUCUAAGAAGAGGCUGCUGGAUCAGGCCAAAGGCCCAUCUAGUCCAGCAUCCUGUUCUCACAGUGGCCAACCAGAUGCUCCAAUGGGAAACCAGCAAGCUGAUCCCAAGCCCAAGAGCAGUCUCCUCUUCUGUGGUUCCCAGCAACUGGUAUUCAGAAGCAUUGCUUCCUCUGACCGAGGAGGCAGAGAAUAGUCAUUGUGGCAAGUAGUCACUGAUUUGUUCAAUCCUCUUAUUUGUCCAAUCCUCUUUUGAGGAUCAAGUGGUAUAUUGCACUUCAAACACAUGGUGUGAAUUAUUUCUACUACUGAUUAUUCGUGCCCUAAUGGUGAGAAGGAGAAAUAGCUCAGUUGCUUAGAGCAUGGUGCUGAUAAUGCCAAGGUUGCAGGUUCGAUUCCCGUAAGGGACAGCUGCAUAUUCUUGCAUUACAGGGGGUUGGACCAGAAGAUCCUCAGGGUCCCUUCCAGCUCUAGGAUGCUAUGAUUCAACAUCCAGGGAACUUAAAUGACCCUUUUUGCCUGCAGACGCAGAGAAGAUCCUGGUGGAGCCAGCGUGCGGGGCGACCUUGGCAGUCAUCUACAGCGGGCUGAUCAAAACGCUGCAAAAGGAGUGCAAACUCCCCCGCGAUCUGGAGUCCAUGGUCAUCAUUGUGUGCGGUGGCAACAACAUCACCCUGGAGGAACUGGAUCGCCUCAAGGAUGACCUGUGCAUGAACCAUAGAAUGAAAGAAUAUGUGGAGUGCAAGGUUGCCCUGGCAAAAUGGAACCAUGCAAGCAACUCGGGGACAUUCACAGCUUCGCUCCAAAAAUCCUUGGGGGCAUGUGGUCAUUAAAACUCACGGCUGCUUCACCCACCCUGCUCUCCCUGAGCUUUGUGUCACCCCCAGGUGGGAGCAGAGGAGUGGGCGGAUGGGAAAACUGGGUUGUGUAGGCCCUGGUGCCUCAGGAUUUGGUUGGAUCACACGCAAAUAUCUGAGAGUGCUAGAUCCCAGGGCUGGUGGGAUUGCCAGGGGAAGGUGGGAGGGCUUUGGGUUUCUGUGCAGCUGCCCAUUCUGGCCAGUCACUGAACUUUGAGGCCGUGUAUGUUUGCUUUUACACUCAAGCGGCAGACAAUUUUUAUGAAAUAAAUUGGUAAAAUAAAUAAACGAUCUGGAGUGCCCCAGACCCAAGGGAUAGCUCAGUUGGUAGAGCAUGACUCUUAACCUCAGGGACCAUCAGUUUGUGACCCACACUGGGCAAAAAGAUUCCUGCAUUACAGUGGGUUGGAGUUGAUGAUCCUUGUGGUCCCUCCCAACUCUAUGAUUCUAUGAUCGAUGAUCUAGGUUGGCAAAAGGGCCAUAGCUCAGGGGUAUAUGUAUCUGCUCUGCAUGCAGAAGGUCCCAAGUUUAAUCCCUAGUGCCAUCUCCCAGUAGGAUUGGGAACGUUCCCUGCUUGAAUCCCUGGAGAGCUGCUGCCAAUCAGUGUAGACAAUACUGAGCAAAAUGGACCAAUGGUCUGAUUCAGUAUAGGACAGCUUCCAAUAUUCCUAUGAAAACUGGCUUAGAGGGGUCAAGGGACUCCCUAGGUUGCUUAUCAGGCUCCCCUGUGUGUGCCUGGCUCUGUUGCCUUGGUAUCAGUGGAUGUCACAAUCCCUGGAGUUUGACCUUUCCCCUCCAGCCAACCAGAAGCCAGGGGAUUCUGGAAUCUCCUUUGCAGUAACAGACACCUGAAUCCCAGAGACACUGGGAGUCUCUAGGGCCUCCUGCCUUAUUCUCCUAGAUGCACUAAGAACAGCCUCUGGGUGAUUGUACUGUCGGUUCAGACCUCCAAGGGAACACUGCCCCCCUCCCAGGUAAUUCAAACUUCAACCUAAAGAAAGCCUCUUGGACUUUAGCAACGAGUUUCCUAAACUUGGGACCACCCCCACCGAAUACCACAAAGGAGAAGCCCCACCAAUUCAUUAAGUGACCCAAGCCUUGGAAACAGUCAGCUGGCUGUUUGAUGAUUUCUCCAGGACUGUGCAUAGAUUAUGGAAACUCUAUGAAAAUCCGGCUUUCUGAGAAUCUGUGCUGUUUGUUUUAAGUUCCCAGACCUCAAGGAGGUGCAAAAUAUGCAUAUGUCUGGCAGACACCUGCUGAAAUUCCAGCAGCUAGAACGUCUUGGGCUUAGUGUACUAUGCUCAGUGAGCUGAUUCACUGGGAAAGGGAGGAGGGAUACAAUACAAGAUUUUGUUUCAGAUCCCACCUUGUGUUUGUACACUGUUCCCCGUCCCCACCUCCCAGCAUGGGACUUAAGAAUGUAAGAAAAGUCCUGCUGGAUCAGGCCUGUGGUGCAUCUAGUCCAGCCUCCUGUUCUCACACUAGCCAGCCAGAUGUCCACAAAAAACCUAUUGGCAUAUGGCAUGUGCCAAAUGUGUACAGCUCCCCAAGCGUGUAGGUUCGUGGCAGUGCAGUUUUGCGCCAGAAGAAAUUUAGUUAGACUCCCAACUCUUCAGUCAGCUCAGUCCAUUACUGACAGGUCCAAAGCAUUAAGGCAGUUUCACUAUAUACAGGCUUCCAUUAGAUCCCUUGUAGGAGGUGCAGGCUUCAAAUGCAAAGCAAGUACAACUCACAGCAUACAAACAGCACAGAGUUCAGCAUCAAUCUGGCAGAGCUUCCUUGCAGCGAAGCAGAGAGGCAAUGUGCAGCCCCCUCUUAAUAUAUCCAAAAAUGACCACACCCUUGGCCAGUUGCCAGGUCACAGUGACCUACUUGGCUGGUUGCCAGGUCGCAGUCACCUUCAAACACUAAUCACAAGACCUGCAGGUACAAGAUAAGGGAGGCACAUGCACCAGAUUUUCCUUAACAGCAAUUAAAGGAACCUCAACACCCCUUCUUAAUUCUAAGAAAAAACAUGCAUCAGAGCAUGUGUGAAGUGUUUAUACAGUAUGCUUCACUAAUCCCAACUUUUCAACUAUUUCUUUGUGUCUUUUGAAGCUAUUGGGUUUUCUCAUUACAUCAGCAAUGUUCUGGCUUGACUCACAAUAUACAAGUUUCGUUAAUCCUUGUUCUACUUUGUCCCUAACAUGUCUAUAUUUGAUACCUACAUGUUUUGUCCUAGACUUGAAUUGUUAAGGUCCUGCCAUGGAAAUGCAGGCCCGAUUGUCCUCCAUAAACUGUCACAGGUAGCUUGGAUUCUACAUUCAUAUCAGUAAGAACCUGCAUGAAAUAGGGAUGCUCGUUGCUCAAUUCAGACAGAGCAGCAUAUUCUGCUUCGGAUUUAGACACAGAAACCAACCCCCGUUUCCAGGAUUUCCAAACCAACAAAGACCAUCCAAAUUCUACUACUAUUCCAGUAGUAGACCUUCUUGUCUGUACAUCAUUUCCAAAGUCUGAGUCACAGUAACACGUUAGCUCCUCUGUCCCAGAGGAUGACUGUUUUAAACAGUAGUCCUGUGUUGCUUUUAAAUAGCGCACUCUGCUGUGGUUGGCUUUGAAACUAACCUGCUAAGAACACCCACAGCGUUGCUUACAUCUGGUCUGGACCUAUUGUGAACUGUACAACAAACUGCCAAUGGCAGAGUGGCAUAGCUCCUUGUGUUCAAGCUCCACAUUACUCUCUGUUUUUUGAAAGUAUGUCACCAUAGGAGUUUGAAUGCCUUUACAAUUCUGCAUACCAAAACAUUCAAACAGUUGUAUAAUUUUCUUUUUCUGGCUUAGUAGAAAAACUCCCAUCACUUACUCUGUACUUCAACUCCCAGGUAACUCUUUAUAGUAGCUCCUUUGAGAUGGAACUCUUGCCCCAGCUGCUGGGCAAACUCCUGAAUUUAUUUGUUUGUUUGUACCAAAUGAGGAAAACAACUUUUAUAAGAGGCUUGAAGAAAUCCUAUUUGAAUAUAUGAGUGAAAAGAUAAUUUUUAUGGGAGAUAUGGACGGUGUAGCUUCCCUGGAAUGGGAUAGGACUAUAAGAAAGAAGAUGUGAUACAAAAGAAGGGAAGCUACCCAAGCCUUUUUUUCAGAUGACAGAAAAUUUCAGUUUAGUUGAUAUAUGGAGAGAAAAACACCCACUGGAUAGACAAUUUACAUUUUAUUCACCCACAAAUAAUUUGGUGAGCUGAAUGGACUCUGUAUGGACCUUUAGAGAUUUGUACAUUAAGGUAAAGAAGGUAGCAAUAAAAAGGAAAGAAAAGGAAUUGAUAAAUUCCCAUAGAAAAGAGAUAGUUAAACAGGAUAUUAAAUUAUUGCAAACACAGUUUUUAAUGAUAAUAAAUCAAGAAAUAGAGUGGUCAAUUAAAUAUUUAAAACAUAAACAAUUUGAGCAAGCUAAUAAAACCAGGGAAAGUAUUAGCAUGGCAAAUUAAAAAAAGGCAAGAGAAAGCCUGCAUAAAUACAAUUAACAUAGGAGGUAGAGUUGUGGAAAGAAAUAAGAGAUCAAUUCAUGAGGUUUUAAAAAAUAUAUAUAAGCCACCUCUUUUAACCCUGCAUUUAAAUAUGCUGUCACAAUAUGCUGCAAGGGUUAAAAGCAUUCUCAUACUUAAUCUAAACCCCUUCUCUGCAUGAAUCCUUUUGCAACAAAGCCUUGCUUCACCAGAUGCUAGGGUUUUUCUUUUAUGGACCCAAAGGUACCUGUGAUGAGAUGAUGAGCUGCUUGUGCGUAAAAUCGUAUCCCCUCAGAGUUUGUUCAAGUCCACAAACCUCUGUCUGUGACGGAGCCCCUCAGACAUGGCUCCUCUAGUCACUAGCAGAUUCCGACAGUGGUUGCUUUCGUAAUCGCUUCCAACAUAAAAGCUCCUUAACGGAAACACGUCUUCUGGACUCUCUGCGUGACAGUUUCCGGCGAGGAGUGGGUGUUCUUACAGGAGGUCCUGAAACCUCCCCACUGUUUUCGCUGGAAGUGUCUCUGAGCCAUCCCUCCAGCUCAGCUCCUCUCCCCUGCUGGUUCCCUCUUCAGCUGCUGCGUCUCUCCCAACCUGUGUGAGCCCUUUCACCUCCCUGCUGGUUCCCUCUUCAGCUGCUGCGUCUCUCCCAACCUGUGUGAGCCCUUUCACCUCCCUUCCGUCCGAUGGCAGUUCCCUGACAUCCACCUCCCCUCCAGGGCCCCCUUCACCCCCUCUUGCCCCCUCCUCUACGGGCGGUGAGGAGGCAAAACCCCGGAAUGAACUUCCUUCAUCUUCCGAUGUCUCGAACACUUCUCUCAACCUGUUGCGGUUCCUGGUCUCGAAGUACUCCUCCUCCUCAGAGUCCAUCUCCCCUUCCCCUUCCGAGUCCGGGAAUCCGUCCAACUCCUCCCCCUCCUCAGUGGUCCCAAAGUAUUCCCUCCGGAACCUCUCCACAGGCUGAGGUUUCCUUGGGAACCUUUGAUGGAACGUUUCUAUCAAUACCUCGUCAUUGAUAUCUUCGGCCAUUACCCAAGUGUUUUCUGACUCCGGUUCUCCUUCCCACGCUACCAAAUACUCCACCUGAUCCCCCUUCCACCUGGCGUCGAGGAUUUCUGCCACAUGGCUGCUGCAUUCUCUUUCUUCUAUGACCGGUCCCCGAGUGGCCAGCCCUUCUCGUCCCCCUUCGUACGGUGACAGUAACGACCUGUGAAAUACUGGGUGCAGUUUCAUGUGGUUGGGUAACCGGAGCCUGAAAGCCACUGGGUUGACCUGUUGAAUGACCUCAAAGGGACCCAACCUCCUGGGUCUUAAUUUCUUACAACCUCCUUUGAACGGCAACCCUUGGGUUGACAGCCACACCCUAUCUCCCACCCUUAUGGUUUCACCUUCCCUUCGGUUCUUGUCUGCCUGCCUCUUGUAUUCUUCCUUCGCCCUUUCUAAGUUGAGUUGGAGCUGACGAUGGAUUGCUUCCAUUUCUUCCACAAAAUGCUCGGCUGCCGGGACGCUCCAUCUCUCCCCAUCUCCCCUGGGAAAGCCCUGGGAUGACACCCAUAAUUAGCCAAGAAGGGGCUCAUCCCUGCGGACACAUUCUCGGCAUUGUUGUAGGCAAAUUCCGCCAGCGCCAACUUUUCUACCCAGUCAUUCUCUCUGUCAUUGACAUAACACCUCAGGUAUUGCUGGAGGACACCGUUUGCUCUUUCCGCCUGCCCGUUGGUUUCAGGGUGCCGGGCAGUCGAAAAAUUGACCUCCACCUGCAGUAAGCUCAUGAGCUUCCUCCAGAACCUGGAAGUAAAUUGUUUUCCUCGGUCUGAGACCACCCUCAAUGGCACCCCGUGCAACCUAAAAAUGUGUUCUACAAAUAACUUCGCUGUCUCUUCCGCCGUGACUGCAUGCGAGCAAGCUACAAAGUGGCACAUCUUUGUUAGUAGGUCUACCACCACCAUGAUGGCUGUUUUCCCUUUGGACUUCGGCAGAUCAGUCAUAAAAUCUAUCGACACUGCCUCCCAAGGUCGUUCUGGGGUUGGUAAGGGUUCUAAUAGCCCCGCCGGCGCCCGCCUUUCCCCUUUGGCUCUCUGGCAUUGCUCGCACCCUCUUACAUACUCACGUACAUCUUCCCUCACCUUAGGCCACCAAAAUUCCCUGGUGACCAACCACAUGGUUUUGUGUUGUCCAAAAUGCCCCGCCGUAGGGCUGUCGUGCAACUGCUUGAGUACCCUCCCCUUAACUCUCCUUCAGGGAUAUACAGUGCCCCUUUGUAAUACAAAGCUCCAUUUCUUUCCUCGAAACCCCUGGUUCCUCUCCCUCACCCCUAAGACCUCUGAGCUUAUUCUGGGCGUAUUCAUCAUUCUCUGUUUCCUCUACCAGUUCUCUUUGUCCCACCAAUGCCGCCCCACACACCCAGCGGUCCUCUGGAAUGACAUGUCUCUCUUCGGGUGCCCCUCCCCUCCAAAUAUUCUGGUUUGCGUGAGAGAGCGUCCGCCCUAAUGUUCUCUGGGCCUGGCAUGUAAUUAAUCUCAAAGUUAAAUUUGGAGAACUCCUGGGCCCAUCUCACUUGCCGUUGGUUGAGCACUCGUGCCGUCCUCCAAUACUCUAAGUUCUUGUGGUCAGUGCACACUUGCACCUUAUGUUGUGCGCCAAUUAGCAGGUGCCUCCAUCUCCGGAACGCCUCAUGAAUGGCUAGUAGUUCUCGGUCAUACACCGUGUAGUUCCUCUCGGAUUUGUUCAGCUUUCGCGAAACCAAGGCACACGGUCUCCACUCUGAUCCCUUCUUCCCUGGCUGCAGAAGCACCGCCCCAACCGCUCUGUCUGAUGCGUCAGUUUCCACUCUCAUCGGUUUUUGUAAAUCCACAUGCAGGAGUUGUUGUUCCGAGGCGAAGGCCUUUUUUAGUUCCUCAAAUGCUCGCUCCGCCUCCUCAGUCCACACGAACUUCUUCUUACUGCUGAGACAGUCCGUAAUGGGCGCUGUCAGGUGGGCAAAGUUUCGGAUGAACUUACGAUAGAAGUUCCCAAAUCCUAGGAACCUCUGCACAUCCUUCUUUGUUUUGGGUGUUUUCCAUUCCAGCACCGCCUGGACCUUGCCGGGAUCCAUGGCCAAUCCCUUGUCAGACAGGCGAUACCCCAGGAAUUCCACCUCCUUGGUAUGAAACUGACACUUCUCCAGUUUCACCCACAGCAGGCUGGCUUGCAGCCUGCUCAACACUUCUCUGACGUCUCUCACAUGCUGCUCCUCAUUCUCAGAAUACACCAACACGUCGUCUAAAAAGGCCACACAAUUCUUGUAAAGCAAAGGCCCCAGGACGUGGUUCAUAAACGAUUGAAAUGUUGCGGAGCCUGCUUGUAGGCCGAAGGGCAUAACCAAAUAUUCAAAUGCCCCUAAAGGGGUGAACAUAGUGGUUUUCCCCCUUCCUUAUUCGUACCAGGUUGUACGCCCCCCUUAGGUCCAGCUUUGUGAAAAUCUUUCCCUUCCGCACCCUUGUCAAAAUGUCGUCAAUCCUGGGCAUAGGGAAGGCUACUGGUUCUGACACUGCAUUUAAGGCCCUGAAGUCACACACCAGCCUCGGCUUGUUCGUGUUUUUCUUAUCCACAAAAACACUGGGCUGCCCCCACCGCCCUGGACUCUCUGAUGAACCCUCUCUUCAGGUUCUUGUCAAUGAACUCUCUUAACUCCUGCAUCUCUCUGUCUGACAUGGCGUACAGCUUGCCUACAGGGAGCUGUGCUCCAGGGAGUAAAUUGAUUUGACAGUCAAAGGGUCUAUGCGGGGGUAGUUGGUCAGCUUCCCUUUCGCUGAAGACGUCACGGAGAUCUGCAUAUUGUCGUGGUACCUUCACGUUCUCUGUUACUUCAGUCCCUGCUAGGGUGGCUUGGACCCCUGCCAAACCCUUUCCCUCUUUGCAGUGUUCUAAGCAAUGUGCUGAACCAAAAGAAACCACUCUCUGAUGCCAGCCCACCAGCGGAUCAUGUAACGCUAGCCAGCUCAUCCCCAAUAUAAUGGGAGCUCCUCCCAAGGUGGCCACAUUAAAAGCUAUCAGUUCGGUGUGCCUUGCUACCUUCAUUAUCAUUGGGACGGUCUGCAAGCUGACUUCUCCUCCCAACAGCUCCCUGCCAUCGAUCGUGGUCACCUGCAGGGGCUGCUUAAAGGGAUCGUCUGUAUCUGGUGUUCAGCUGCAAACUCUUUGCUCAUGAAAUUGCAGGAGCUGCCUGAGUCCAACAGCGCCUUUAUCUUUAGAGGGUGUCCGUUUGGCAGCUCUAGCGUCACUUCUAUCACUAGGGCGGGUUUAGGAGGUUCUGGCGUGGGCACUCUCACUGCUCUUUGGCCUGGCUGCUGUGCCCCGACAGUGGCAGCCAGGCGUUGGCUUUACUUGCUCCGGUAUAUCUUCCUCUCUUCCAUCCACAGCUCCUACCAUCCCUUGCCAUUCUUUCCUCUGGGGGCAGACUCUGGCAAAGUGACCUGGCUGUUGGCAGAGAUAGCAUUUCCGGGCGCCUUUUCCCUCCUUUUUCCCCCUCACUGGGCUUUGAAACUGCGCGCGCGCGCUGUUCCGAUUUCCAUCGGCUCUGCCGGUGGGAAAGUUGGCUCUGGAAUGUCUGGAAUGCGGAACUCCUUCCAACGUUCCCCUUCCCUUCCCGCCUCUCCAAUGCUCUCGCCUCCUGGCGCGCUCCUAUGGCCAGCGCUGAUUUGGUCAGCUGGUCCAUAGACUCCACCCUGGGCGCCCGGGAAAGUUCGUCUUUCACAGCCGAAGAAAGCCCUUCUUCAAAGAGCAUUUGAAUGGGUUCCGCCGAUAAGUCCCACCCCAAUCUGUGAACAAGCAUGGUGAACUCAGUCCAGUACUCACGGACAGAUCGGCUCCCCUGUUUGCAAGCCAUUAACUGUCUGCGCACCACUCCCUUUUCAAUAUCGCUGGAAAACAUCAGAUCCAUGGCGCGAAAGAACUUCAUUGUGUCCUUUAGGACGUCACUAUUCGCUGCCAUCAGGGGUCUAACCCAGUCUCUCGCCCCAUUUUCAAGAUGCUCAAUCACGAAAGCCACUCGUGAUUCCUCAUCAGGGAAUUCAUCAAACUGCAGAUUGAGGGCAUAUUGCAUUUCUGUCCGAAAGCCAUGAUAGUUUUUGGGCUCCCCCCCAAACUUCUGCACCAAUCCUGGUACCUUUCUGGCGAGCUGGGUGGCUUUCCCUUUUGUCUGCAUCCUGAGCCCUCCUCUCCUCAAGCCUCGCCGUCUGCAUCGCUAGCUGGACCUCCAACACCCGGUACCUUUCUUCCAGGCUUGGACCCACUCCAGCUCCUGCUUCUCCGGUUCCGGCUGGGUUGCUCAUGAUGCCUUCUCCUGCACAAGCUGCUUUCAAAGACUGUCGGAAUGCUGUGAUGAGAUGAUGAGCUGCUUGUGCGUAAAAUCGUAUCCCCUCAGAGUUUGUUCAAGUCCACAAACCUCUGUCUGUGACGGAGCCCCUCAGACAUGGCUCCUCUAGUCACUAGCAGAUUCCGACAGUGGUUGCUUUCGUAAUCGCUUCCAACAUAAAAGCUCCUUAACGGAAACACGUCUUCUGGACUCUCUGCGUGACAGUUUCCGGCGAGGAGUGGGUGUUCUUACAGGAGGUCCUGAAACCUCCCCACUGUUUUCGCUGGAAGUGUCUCUGAGCCAUCCCUCCAGCUCAGCUCCUCUCCCCUGCUGGUUCCCUCUUCAGCUGCUGCGUCUCUCCCAACCUGUGUGAGCCCUUUCACCUCCCUGCUGGUUCCCUCUUCAGCUGCUGCGUCUCUCCCAACCUGUGUGAGCCCUUUCACCUCCCUUCCGUCCGAUGGCAGUUCCCUGACAGUACCCCUCAGAUUUCUCCCCUUCAGGCAAAUCAACAAGUGAGAAAAACUUGUGAUCAGCUAGAGAUUGCAUUUCUUGUUCCACUGCAGCAAACCACAGCUCCUUCUGUUGUGGCGGCAGCUGCGGGAUUUCCUCAAACGUCUGAGGUUCAUAAUUUACGUUGCAAAACUUAACCUGCCCCACAGAGUAUUCUUCAGAAUAACUUAAGAGGUGGGAUUUCCUGGGUAGCCCCUUCUGAUCAUCUUAGUCAGGGGUCAGCAAACUUUUUCAGCAGGGGGCCGGUCCACUGUCCCUCAGACCUUGUGGUGGGCCAGACUAUAUUUUGGAAAAAAAUAUAUGAACGAAUUCCUAUGCCCCACAAAUAACCCAGAGACGCAUUUUAAAUAAAAGCACAUAUUCUACUCAUGUAAAAACACCAGACAGGCCCCACAAAUAACCCAGAGAUGCAUUUUAAAUAAAAGGACACAUUCUACUCAUGUAAAAACAUGCAGAUUCCUGGACUGUCCGCAGGCCGGAUUUAGAAGGCGAUUGGGCCGGAUCCGGCGCCCGGGCCUUAGUUUGCCUACCCAUUGUCUUAGUUAUGUAACUGCCUGUCCCUCUCUUCCUCCCCUUCAGCUUUGGCAGAAAGAGUCUCCUGUUUCACAGGACUUUGCAGUUGGUUGCCGUGGUAACGGCUGGGCCUGUGGUUCUGGGACUGGCUCAAUGAGAGGCAAAACUACUUCAGAAUUCGCAUGGAUUCUGGACCAGUUAUUUCGCUCUGAGAACACAGCACUGCAGCUCAGGACCACUUUUCCAUUGCCAAGAGAAAACCCGGAACUUUUACAGUCCGGCUGAUAACCCACAAAAAUCAGUUUCACUCUUUCUCUGUGCCUUGGGGAUAUUAACCCAGGCAUAGCUGCCAAAAGUUCUCAAAUGGGAGAUGCUAGGCUUUUUACCAUGGAGCAGAUAGGAGUUUUAUUUACCACAGCCUAUUUUGACUAUAGCAUGCUGCCAGCAUGGCCUCCCCACCCCCCACCCCCCAGAAUUUUACAGGCAAACCAGCAUCAUGAAGCAACAAAUCUUUCAUUGUCUGCAAAGCCCUACCUUCAGUUCCUACUACUACAGUUCCCAGGAUUCUUUGGGUGUGAGGGAAUUUGCUUUCAACGCCAGGUGUGUACACAGCUAUCUGCUGGGGUCAAUGUGUUUCCCUGCCCCUCACUCCCAGGGCCAGAUUUAGGUUUGAUGAGGCCCUAAACUAUUGAAGGCAAUGGGGCUCUUUAUAUGUCCAGCUGUCCUUUGUCAACAACAAAUUGUCGCUGUUUUUUGUGUUGAAUAUAUGCUGUAUGGUAAUUUAUGGACCUAAUAGGUAUCUCAAGCCAUUUGCACAUGUUGCCAUGCAACCAGUCCAUGCAGAAUGUAGGCACCCUAUAUAUAGAAAUGAGCAAACCAGUGACAUUUUAGGGAGCAGCAUAGCAGGCAGGGCCCAUGACUUACAUCAUAGGAGCCUAUACAACAUGCAACACUGUUGCUGUAUGUAGGUUUUAUUUUAUUUGUUUUUUAUCUUAUAUUUUGGAAAUACACAUCCAGCUUUUUUUUCUUUAAAAUUUUUGGAGGCCCCCAAGAGAGUGGGGCCCUAAGCUAUAGCUUGUUUAGCUUAUAUGUAAAUUCAACACUGCUCACUCCUAACACUGCCUCAUCGUCAUUCCAGACCCAGCCUGCCAACCUGGUUUGAGCCUGCUUUGGACCAUUUGAGUGAAGGGGCCCUUUGUCUGAAGAAGCCACCCCAGACUGUCCCCCCAGCCCCUCCUUCCUCCACCAGCUAGCCUUGACUGUCCCUCGUUCGCUCCAUCAGAGUGACUGAAAUAUGUCCCCCCCACACACACUAUUCCCCAUUUCCCCUCUGGUUGACAUCCUUUUAAGCAUUGAUUCUGCUCCUUUCCCUUAGGUCGGAUCUCGGGUUGGAGGAGAGGAAGGGAGAUGACCUCAGAGGCGAGGGCAGUGGUUAUGGGGAGUGCACCACGCCUCCCAUAAGUGGCCAGCACCAAGCCAAGACCACCGGCUUAUAAAGUGGGGCCAAGAGAAACCAACGUUCCCCCAAUGAGACCAGAGCCGUGAAGAUAAGCACAGCACCCAGGCAGCCCACCCCCAGGAGAAGGAGGAGAGCCCCCCUCUGAGUCCACCAGCAGCUUCCUCCAAAACACCAUCACAAGCACCCGGCUCUGCCGUCCAACCACUUUGCAAGCCAAGCUCCAAAGCCUCUUCUAAGACCCUCAACAAGUAAGUGCGUCUCAUCGUCUGGCUGGAGGUCUACUAGACAAUGUGCAUCAUGAUGUAAUGCACACCUUUCGCCGUCAGAUAAGCAAGGUAUAGGCCGCUUGCACUGCAAAUUUGGAUCCCUGGGAGAGUUGGAUAAUUGAGGUUCAGGUAAAGACAGAAAAUUCGCUUGCAGGGAGAGUCUGGUUUUUAAUGCAAUAAAAUAAAGAAACUUUAUUAACGUUAAUAAAGGAUUACUGUACUCACAUUUUCAAACAUAUGUUUUUAGCCAUGAGGCCCAGGAACCUGCUUGUUUUCUUUUAUUAAAAAAAUAAUGAAACUUCAGUUUCUAAAUUUACACACUAGCAGCCAAUUACAAAGAGGGACAAGGAAUUAAGCAGUGAAGCCUUAUUGCUGUCGCAGGACAGCUUACUGCAUCAGCAACCAUGACUGCCUGCACUUUUGAGAAUGUAUAUGUAGCAUGAGGACUAGAAACCUGAUUGAUUUAAAUAGAAUGAGACUUGAGAUUCUAAGAUCUCAGCACUCACAGCCUUGGCUAUUUGUGACUGUAUCAAUGGACUUCAACUACAUAGCCAUGAAAAAAGAGUCAAAACAAAGUUUUGAGGAAGCAAAACAGUCUUUCCCCCCUUAUUCUUCCACUGUGCUUAUUCUGUACAUAAUCCCCAUUCUACCCUCAGCUUUCCACAAUGGCCUCCUCCAAGCCCUUCCAUGUGGUCACUCCGCUGCGGAUCAGCCCCCACCUCUCCAAAUUGGCUGGUACCAAGGUCUACCUGAAGCUCGAAAAUACCCAACCCACUUGCUCCUUUAAGAUACGAGGCAUAGGGAACUUCUGCAAAUCGGUAAGGAACGGAGAAAGCUAUAUGGGGAAGGCUCAUAGCUCAGUGGCAGAGCAGCUGCCUUGAGUGCAGAAGGUCCCAGGUUCAAUCCCCAGCCUGUCCAGGUGGGGCUGGCGGCAACCCCUGCCUAAAACCCCAGAGAGCUGCUGCCAGUCAGUGUAGGGAACACUGAGCCUCUUGUCGGCUCACUAUAAGGUACAUUCCCAUUUAAGACAAGAAAGAAUGGUGAAGGUUGCUGCUGGUUUUCUCUACUGCCCUAGGAUAGGCUGUAGCUCAGGUUAAGGCAGCUUGCGGUGUUCAUAUGAUGGGACCUUUCUGGUGGGAAGUGAUAUUGCACAUAAUGGAUAUUGUUUAAUCAGUUUAGGGAACGAGCUUGAAGCAAGCUGCUCCUCAGUCUGGCAGGUGACAUCUUUGUUUGGGGGAAAGGCUCCUUCUGGGAAGAAUUGAAUCAGGCAGUGAGCAGGCACGAAGUAUUCAACAGAAGUAUAGUGUCCAGAUCAAGGGAAGCAAUAGUACCACUCUAGUCUGUCUUGGUCAGACCACACCUGGAAUACUGUGUCCAGUUCUGGGCGCCACAAUUUAAGAAGGAUGUUGACAAGCUGAAAUGUGUGCAGAGGAGGGUGACUAGGAUGAUCAAAGGUCUAGGAGCCUUAUGAGGAAUGGUUGAAGGAGCUAUGUAUGUUUAGCCUAGAAAAGAGGAGAUAUGAUAAUCAUCUUCAAAUAACUAAAAGGGCUGUCACAUGGAAGAUGGAGCAAGAUUGCUCUCUCCUGCUCUGGAAGGUAGGGCUCAAACCUCAACAGCUUCAAGUUACAUGAAAGCAGAUUCCAACCAAACAUAUGAAAAAAACUUCCUUACAGUAAGAGCUGUUCUUUGGGCAUUCUGCAAAGGUUUCGUUAUGAGGUCAAGAGGACAGAAUCUGGUCCAGACCUGCCUGGAAAGAACCAUGGGUGGUGGGGUUGUUUUUGCUGUGGGGUUAAGAUGACUUCUGUUCACACAUUCCUAUUCUUCUGCUUUCACAGUGGGCCGAAAAACACUGCCAGCAGUUUGUCUGUGCCUCAGGUAAUGUGGUUUUCUGUGGACACUGUCAGGGUUCCAGGGGUGGGGAGGAUCCUGCUUGUGGAAGUUUCCCUUUGGGGCAUCUGGUUGGCCACUGUGAGAACAGGAUGCUGGGCUGGAAGGACUACUAGCCUGAUUCAGCAGGCUUGUCUCAUGUUCUUAUGUGUACAUUGGGGGGGGGGUGAAUUACACCAAAACGCUGGUGAUUUUUGCUAGGAUUUGGAAAAAUGUUUCCACAAGCCAACAUGGAAAUAGAGACAGCUGAAUUUAAGUUUGGAAAAAUGAGAGAAACUGAAGUAGUGCAGGGAAUCAUUGGGUUUUUUUCUUAUUUUUAUUAUGUAUUUUGUAUUUUUAGAUUGUGAUUUUAUAUUGUGAACUGCCCUGAGACAUGUGGGCAUAGGGCAGUAUACAAAUUUAAUUAAUAACAAGAACAACAGUAUGGUGGCUUAGAGGCUGAGCUGCAAAUCAGAAAGUCCCCAGUUCAGAUUUCACCUCUCCCACAAACUAGAUGACUUUAGGCAGGACACCUAGAUUAUAUCCAGAAGUCUUGUAUGCCUUGGGUUUGGCCUGGGAGGGAAGGCAACCAUCAUAAGUUCUAGCAUUAUAGUGGUGUCAAAUGGGCUUUCUUCCAGCGGGAAAUGCCGGCCUCGCAGCUGCCUACUCUGCAAAACAGUUGGGGAUCCCGGCUAUCAUCUUUGUGCCCCAAUCCACACCAGCUAUAACUAUGGAGCGCAUGGAAGACGAGGGAGCCACGGUAUGCAUGCAACAGGUAAGUUUGGAAGGAAGAUCAGCCUUAACCCUUUCCCUGGCUUAUCACAGAAGAACAAAAGUUGGAAGCCUUUAAAAAUCACCACCAUCAUCAAAUAAAUAUUUCUUAGAAUCCUAGCCUAAUAACAAACUUCCUUUCCUCUAGACACUGGAGGAAUGCCAAAACAUAGCCAAGGAAAUGGCAAAGGGAAGCUCUAACUCGACCUACGUGCCUCCGUUCGAUGACCCUCUCAUCUGGUAUGUGAUGUAAUUUCUCCUUCGGUGGAGAAAUUCAGUUCAGUUCGAAACAGUACCAGAUUAGCCAUUUUGAAGCAAUACCUGAACUGAAGUGCGGCCAUUUUGGCCACCUGGUGGCCAUUUUAUUUUCCCCCACAAUGCCCCGGAAUUUCAGCUGGGGCCUGGUAUGCAGGAAGCAGGGAAUAUGUCAGGGAUUUCCUGCCAAAAUGGACUUCUGCAAAGGAAAAAACCAGACCAGAUUUCUCCCCCUCCCCACAAAUAAAAAUGAUGAGAAGUUUUGAAUGCGCUCUUCUCUCAGUGCCCCCACCCCAACUCUCUCUUUCCCACCCCUGACAUUUGGUUUUGAUGUUCUGGGUCCCCUCUGCUUUGCAGGGAAGGGCACAAGACCAUGGUCACAGAGAUGAAGGAGCAGAUGGAGUCCACACCUGGAGCAAUAAUUCUCUCUGUCGGAGGGGGCGGCAUGCUCUGUGGGGUGAUCCAGGGCCUCCGCGAGGUGGGCUGGGACAAGGUACCCAUCAUCGCCAUGGAGACCCGCGGAGCCCACAGUCUGAAUGCUUCCUUGGAAGAAAAGAAGCUGGUGACACUGCCCGAAAUUACCAGGUGAGCUCACGGCACAUUUGGUGGGGGACUAGGAGGGUAAAAGACUACCGCUUACCUCAGGGCAGAAGCCACUACUGGUAGUGUGACAGCUGAUGUGGGCUGGUACCCAUUGGGUCUGGUAGGGCGGAAGACAGGGAGCCCAACAGUAGGGGGCGCCAGAGCCAAUGACAGGCAGAGCUAACCUUCUCCUAGUUUUGUCCCCAUCCUCCUCCUUGUGGAGUGCUAUAAGAAGCAACACUGAGACGAAGGAGGAGGUGGCAGAUAGCCAGGCAAGUGAGGGCUGAUGGAGGGCAGAAGAAACAAUCAAUACAAUACAAUACAAUACAAUACAAUACAAUACUGGGAGACAGUGCAGUGGUUAUAGUGUCAGACAGCAGGAUUCAAAUCCCCACUUGAUCAUGAAGCUCAGUGGCUGAGACCAGUCACUGGCUGCCAGCCUAACCUACCUCACAGGGUUGUUAUGGGGAUUCAAGGAGGAAAGGGAAAACCACAUGCACCACCUUGAGGGGGAAGAAUGGAGGGGUAUAAAUGCAACAGAUAAAUAAAAUGGCCUCAUUGUCAUUACACAUUGUUCGCCUGAGCCAAAUCCAACAAGCAAAAUCUAGCCCACUGAUCUUCCUUUUCCUGUUCUGGGUCCAGCAUUGCUACCACGCUUGGGGCAGCUACUGUGGCAGAGGAAGCUUUGAAGCUGGCGCAAGAGCACCCUGUCAUAUCACAGGUUGUCGAUGACUCUGACGCAGUGGCAGCCGUCGGGAAGUUUCUGGGUAUGUAUUCGCAAGACAGCCAUCCUGUAUUAAUGCACUAGUUGUGAACUCGUUCUCCAUGUCUGGAUAGUCAGUGCAAUUAUAUGGUGAACUGGAGUUCCCAUCUUCUCUGACCAUCGGCCAUACUGGCUGGGGCUGAUGGGUGCUGGAGUCAAAUAAACUCUACAAGGUGCCACACUGGCUCUUGCUGCUCCAAGUGCUAUUAUGACUUUGUGCAGAACUGUAUUGCAGCGGAUUGCACGAGAUGAGCCUUUGUGUCCCUUCCAACUGUACAAUACCAGUAGUCAUUGAUUUGUCCAAUCCUCUUAUUUGUUCAAUCCUCUUUUGAGGAUCAAGUGGUAUAUUGCACUUCAAAUGCAUGGCAUGAAUUACUUCUACUACUGAUUACGUGGGUGGCACUGUAGUCUAAACCUAGGGCUUGCCGAUCGGAAGUUGGGCGGUUCGAAUCCCUGCAACGGGGUGAGUUCCCAUUGCUCAGUCCCUGCUCCUGCCAACCUAGCAGUUUGAAAGUGCAAGUAGAUAAUUAGGUACCACUCCGGUAGGAAGGCAAACGGCGUUUCCGUGCGCUGCUCGGGUUUCGCCAAAAGUGGCUUAGUCAUGCUGGCCACAUGACCUGGAAAAACUGUCUGAGAACAAAAUGUCUCCCUUGGCCAGUAAAGCAAGAUGAGCGCCACAACCCCAGAAUCGUUCAUGACUGGACUUAACUGUCACGGGUCCUUUACCUUUUCUUUCUUUUUUUCCUACUGAUUAAAAGGUAAAGGGACCCCUGGCCAUUAGGUUCAGUCGUAGCCGACUCUGGGGUUGCUGCGCUCAUCUCGCUUUAUUGGCCAAGGGAGCCAGCGUGCAGCUUCCGGGUCAUGUGGCCAGCAUGACUAAGCCGUUUCUGGCAAACCAGAGCAGCGCACGGAAACGCCAUUUACCUUCCCGCCGGAGCGGUACCUAUUUAUCUACUUGCACUUUGACGUGCUUUCAAACUGCUAGGUUGGCAGGAGCAGGGACCGAGCAACGGGAGCUCACCCCGUCGCGGGGAUUCGAACUGCCAACCUUCUGAUCAACAAGUCCUAGGCUCUGUGGUUUAACCCACAGAUUACUCAUGCCUUAAUGGCAAGGAGAAACAGCACUGUUGGUUAGAGCAUGGUGGUGAUAACGCCAAAGUUGCAGGUUUGAUCCCUGUAUUGGAUAGCUGCAUAUUCCUGCAUUACAAAGGAUUGGACCGUAUGAUCCUCAGGGUCCCUUCCAGCUCUAGGAUGCUAUGAUUCAACUUCUAGAAAACUUAAACGACCCUUUUGCCUGUAGACGAGGAGAGGAUGCUGGUGGAGCCGGCGUGCGGGGCGUCCUUGGCAGCCGUCUACUGCGAGCUGACCAAAACGCUGCAAAAGGAUGGUAAACUCCCCAACGAGCUGGAAUCCAUAGUCAUCAUUGUGUGCGGCGGCAACAACAUCACCAUGGAGGAACUGGAUUGCUUGAAGGAGCAGCUGUCCUCGGAUAACGGUGAUCUCGUGGAGUGCGAGCUUGCCAUGGCAACAUGGAACAAUCCAUGCAACAUUUUCGCGGCUUCGCUCCAAAAAUCCAUGGGGGCGUGUGCUCAUUAA